AUAUUCAAUAAUUAUUACAAUAUUACUUUAAGGUCAAUGUUGGACCCGUGGCUACUCCUAACUAGUUUCAGCUUUUGAGGUUAAAAUAAUCACUAUUGACUUUACAUAGUAUGAUAUGGCCGUGACCAAUACCAAAGUGUAUAAUAAGCUAUUAAAAAUGCAAUGACAAAACAUAUAUGUUGUAAAUCUCUAAACUUGUUUUACUCUGUACUCUGUCCAUAGAAAUCCAAAGAAGGCCUCAAUGACGAGGAACGCAGAGCUUGUUUUCAUUCCUUCGCCGGCAGCAGGUCAUCUCAUCUCCGCAGUUGAAACUACAAAACUCAUUCUCAACAGAGAUGAAAGGCUCAGCAUCUCUAUCCUCAUUAUGAAGCUUCCAAUGGAUUUCGGUAUUCAAUCCUAUAUCGAAUCGCACUCAUUUAUACCCCGUUUGCAGUUUGUCGACAUUACCGUUGAUAAGAAAACUAUUGCUGGAUUCAUGUCAAAUAAGGAGACAUUCUUCAUGAACUUCAUUCAAAGUCACAAACCAAAAGUAAAGGAUUUUUUGAAUAACUCUAGAUUGAACUCUCACCUCGCAGGCUUCGUUCUUGACAUGUUCUGCACUUCAAUGAUAGACGUAGCCCAUGAAUUUUGUGUUCCAAGUUACAUUUUCUUUACCUCAAAUGCUGCUUUCCUUGCCCUCUGUUUUCAUUUCGAGACUCUGAUAAAGGAGCAUCGUAUCGAUACCUCCAAGUACAAAGAUUCCAGCGAAGAAUUAACAAUUCCUGGUUUUAAAAACCCGUAUCCUGCGAAAUUCUUGCCUAGAUUGACAACAGAUCAAGGGGUCAUGACGACCACGUUCUUUGAUUCGAUUACUCGCUUCAAAGAGACGAAGGGUAUUAUGGUCAACACCCUCACCGAGCUAGAACCUUUUCCUCUUCAAUCUCUAUCAGUUCCACGAAUUUAUCCAGUUGGUCCAGUGGUGAAUUUGAAGGAAGGGGGUCACGGUCGAAACAGUCAAUCCGAAACAGAAAACAUUAUCAAAUGGUUGGAUGAUCGGCCAGAGUCUUCUGUAGUGUUUUUGUGCUUUGGAAGCAUGGGAAGCUUUGAUACUGAACAGAUCAAAGAAAUAGCAGUUGCACUGGAGUGUAGCGGUCACAGAUUCUUAUGGUCUUUACGAAGAUCUCCACCAAAGGGGCAAAUCGAGCUGCCAAGUAACUACGAGAAUGUUCAAGAAGUUCUACCAGAAGGGUUUAUUGAAAGGACAAAUGAGGUUGGGAAAGUGAUAGGAUGGGCACCUCAAGUAGCAAUACUAUCUCAUCCAGCAGUGGGUGGAUUUGUAUCGCAUUGUGGAUGGAAUUCUGUACUCGAAAGCUUGUAUUUCGGGGUACCAAUAGCUACUUGGCCCCUGUACGGUGAACAACAGAUGAACGCAUUUGAGUUGGUUCAAGAAUUGGGAGUGGCAGUGGAGAUUCGAAUGGACUAUUUCAAGGAUUUUCAUGGGAAAUAUGAGGAUGUCGACAUUCUAGGUGCGAAGGAAAUUGAACGUGUCAUACGACAACUGAUGGCUAAUGGAGACGAAAAUGAAAUAAGGAAAAAGGCCAAGGAGAUGAAGGAGAAAAGCAGGGCAGCCAUGAAGGAGGGUGGUUCAUCUUAUGCAUCUCUUGGGCUUCUAAUUGAGGAUGUUAUUAGUAACAUUUCUUGAUCAUUUUAUUUCACAAUAAUGAUAAUUGGUUGCUCUAUCUUUAAAUAAUUUCUAUUAUAAUAAAGGAUCAAGAGAAAAGAACAGAAAGAAAAAAGUCUCUCAUAAAUGUUCCUAGACUAUAAACCUUUGUGAAGCUGGUAUAGAGACUAUGUGACCAAUAACUAUUUACACUUUGUUUGGAUGGUUGUUACGUAUUGUUUCAUAAUAUAUCGUGUUAUAUUGUAUUGUGUUGUACUAUAUCAUACUAUAUUAUUUUUAUAAAUAUAAUGUUUGGAUAAAUUGUAUCA